AAUUUGAGGUUAAUUUAUCUUUUCCUAUGGGCGAACAGAUCAAAACAAAACUAAUUAAACGAUAAGAUAAUUAUUAACUUAUGAUUUACCGUAUUGUCAUUAGAUUUAGUUUCUUUAUUAUUUUAUCAAUUUACAAUGGCAUUCACCCACGUCCAGUACACCAAAAUACGUGAUCGAUUAUGCCAACUGGGAGGAAACUGUGCCUUGAAAAGCUUGCAAUUUUUGAAGACCACAUUCAAAGAAGAUAUCAACUCUCAGCGGGUUUUUGAGAGAAUUCAAGACAUUUCGUAUCUUUUCAGGAUUUUAGAGAAACGCGACUGCAUCGGGCCAAAUCAUAAGAAAAACUUGUCAAUUAUGAUUCGAGAGAUAGGCCCCGAAGAUGAGUACAUAAAUCGAAUUUGGUAUGGACGAGAAGUUCCAAACCUCUCAGUGUUUAAUUCGGGUGCUGCUAAUAGGACACAAGAAAAUAGGGUGAUACCUCCUGUGAUAAGAGAUGUAACAGAUAGAGUAAACCAGCUAAUUAAAAUGCAAAUAGGUAUAAAAUGGAAAGAGCUUGCAAGGGGACUUGGUAUAUCAGAGGGUAUAAUUGAACAGCUAGAAAAUAAACAUCGAUAUGAUCUAUCUGAAGCCAUACAUGAAGUUCUCAGGAAUCACCAAGAAACAUGUUAUAAUAACGAAGAGAGAUGGAGAGUUGAUUUGCAGAGGGCCCUCGACAGGGCCCGAAGAAGGGAUCUUAUUGAGGAAAUGGAUGAGAUAUUGAGGAGUUAGUGUAGACUUACAAUUGAAGCUUAUCAGGGUUAUAUAGACUGGCAUGGAUUCAAGUGAUUUUUUUAUUGAUAAUAAAUGAAUGUUCCUGUGCCAUAAUUCACUGUUCAAGAGUUCUGCGAUUGCAUUAAUUUUAAUGAAUUUCAGUUUAGUUUUUUAGUAUGUUUAUCGGAUAUACGUUUAAUUAGUACUUAUAUGAAACCAAAAAAUAAAUUAGUUCUAGUUGCACUCUUCUGAAAACAAAGUUUUUCGACUCAUUUUUUAGUGAUGUUAAAUACAUGACAAAAUUACCAAAAAAUUUACAUUUGAUCUGUAUUUAUAUUAUAUAUCAGUUUGUUAAACUUACUCUUUAUAAAACCUUAAAAAGUAUUUUAUAUUAUAUUAUGUAGUUAAAAAGUUUGUAAUAAUAUAUUUUUGUUGAUAUA